AUGGUCAUUCACUACACUUUGCAAAUAUACACAAAACUCGAUGCAAACAACACGAGACAUGUCACCGCCACGUGGCCACCCUCUGUCCUCCCGCCCACGCCGCAGCAGCGAAUCAACUUACACCUGGGCACCAUCCAAGGGGGGUCGUAUACGCGAAACGGCGCUGCGGCGGGCACCCGCUUCCGACGCGGUGCAUCGACUCGCCAACCAAGUCGUUUGAGUUUUGAUAUGCUCGAUAUGGCGUACAGCUCCAAAACACCGAGCAAUCGCCGUCAUCUCGCCCUUCAAGCAUCAAGCCCCAGCUUUCCAUUAAAGAGCCACGCGAGCCACAUGUCCAUCAGCCAAAGCGCUGUCACUGCAUACUCCACAUCUGCUUAUGAGUAUAGAUAG